AUGGCUCGCCUUCAACAAGAAGCGGCUCGACCAGCCAUGCCGCCGAUGUUCAACACGUUGUUCCCGGCGCCAAAUCCGCUGGCGGCACAUUUUGGCCUCAAUCCGCACAUGCAACCUGCGGGCAUUUUUCCGACUCCAAUGAACGCUUUCAAUUCGUUGGCGGCUUUGAAUCAAAUGCGCAGACCAUUCGAGGAUGACGGUCCGAAGAAGAAAAGGAGCAAAGUGACUGAUAGCGUCCGAAAGAUGAACGGUACGCCAAUGGCACGUGAAGGGUCGCCAAGUAGCACGAGAAGCAGUCCUGUGCUUUCACAUUCCACGCCGCUGUCCAACUACUUUCCUCCGACAAUGGUUGGACAUCCUUUGUACGGUGGCGCGUCAUUCGGUGAGCGUGAAGGCAGUCCGACGAACUCGGACGAGACAAGCGAGUGCGGUGUUUACGAUAACGGCCAGAGUUCGACAUUGACGCCGGUUCAUCUUCGGAAAGCCAAGCUGAUGUUCUUCUACACACGCUAUCCCAACUCAACGCUGCUUGAAGUCCUACUUCCCAGACGUUCGAUUCAAUAA